AUGACUGGUGUUUCCUCUCUGAACUCCUCUGAUAUCCCAGUGUUUUUUGGGGAGGGUCUGGCAGAGGAUAAUGGAGAGGGAGUAGAAGGAAGCUCAGGCAAGCUAAGCACUCCUUCAUUGACGGAUUUGGAUCUGUCCGAGACUUCGGCAAAAACUUUGGGAGCUUGGAACUGGGAGCUGAAGGGAGCCGUGGGUUCAGCUGGUGGAGCUCCUGAAGGACCGUUAGUUGUUGGAGGAGGUAAAGAGUUCGCGGCUGGUCACGGUUGUCUUGUCCCUCCGCAGGUCCUAAAUCUUUUUUUGCCUUCCGGUUUCAAAACAGAUUAUAUGUCUACUUUACAACUGACAGAAACUCAAGCUUUGGCUCUCCAGGCUUUGCUCUACAGAGAGAAGCAAUUGCCUCCUGCACUGCAAGAAGUGCUGGCAGCCCUUCCUCCUAGUAGGGAUAUUGAAACAGGAAAUUAUCUAUCUCCAGAGACAUAUACCAAAAGGAAAGAAAUAGAGCCUACAAAGUUCUCACCUACUACCCCCACCCCUACAUCUACAUUGCCUUCCACAUCCGCAUCUCUGUUCCCGUCCCCAUCCGCGUCCACGUCCGCCUCUACUUCCCUGUCCAUGUCCACCUCUCAUUCGAUGUCUGCGCCCACCUCGGUAUUUGCGCCUGUGUCCAUGUCCACCUCUGCCUCUGUGCCCACCAGCGCUUCGAUGUCUGCGCCCACCAGCGCUUCGAUGUCUGCGCCCACCAGCGCUUCGAUGUCUGCGCCCACCAGCGCUUUGAUGUCUGCGCCCACCAGCGCCUCGAUGUCUGCGCCCACCUCCACAUCGGUGUCUGCGCCCACCUCCACAUCGGUGUCUGCGCCCACCUCCAAAUCGGUGUCUGUGCCCACCUCCACAUUGGUGUCCGCAUCCGCAUCGGUGUCUGCGUCCACCUCGGUGUCCACAUCGGUGUCCACAUCGGCACCCACCUCCACCUCCGCGUCCACAUUGGUGUCCACAUUGGUGUCCGCAUCCACCUCCUCGCCCACGUCCGCAUCCGCGCUGGCGUCCACCACGUCCACGGUGUCUCCAACAUCUCCGUUGUCUCUGUUGUCUCCCUUGAUGUUCCCAUCCACGUCCGUGUUCCCUUCCCCAACCAUGUCCGCGUCCAUGUCUGCUUCCUCUCUUUUAACAUCAGGGACCGCAGCGCCCUGCACCCACUGCACCCACUGCGGCUUUUCAACCUAUGCCUCUCCUGGCCCUUGGAUUCCUGGGCAGAGAACAGCUCCUGAGUACCAAGAAGCCAGUGUGGACACUGAGGAAGUCCUGAUCGAGACAUGUUCUUCCCCUUCUUCCUUUCAUCCUGUAGCUCCCCAGGAUUUGAAUCAACCUCUUAGAAAACGGAAAAGACGUGCAGGGACCUCUGGGGGGGGACAAGAAGAUCCUGCACCUAUAAGCUGUCCGCGUAAAAGCGUUAGGACCAAGAAACGCGCCAGAAACGCUGCUUACGACUCAGUUCAGGAGGUUAUCAAUCGUUUCUCUAUCAAUGACACACCAGCGGAGCCCUCUAAGGACAUCACCGCGGACAUGACUACAGAGCUCGGAAGAAUAUCGUUAGGCACCCAGACCUCCGUAGGUUCCGCAGAAUACUUGAGCUGGGUAGCGGAUUUGAAAAGUAUGAUGGAGGGAACUCUGAAUAACGUCCGAGAUAUGGCGGUAUCUUCCCUAGUAAGUAUAGCUAGGCAUUGUGAUUUGGCUACAAAGGUAGAUGGUACAGCCAGGUUUGUGCGCAUGCUCAACGAGCUUUACUUCGCUGCGAAAGUCAAUAGCCGGCUGAAUUUAAUGAAAAUAAAGGAGAACAGUCUACGACCCAGACCUACAGCAAUUUUCCAAACUCUCCAGAACCAUUCCAUUCCGAUACAGAAAAGUCGUGACUUCUUAUCGGCGGGUAGUCGGUGGGCGUUUUUAGCUAACUCUGUAAUAGCUUUCAAGGGUGAAGACAACUAUUUUAGAAAGAAGGCAUCUGUUACAGUCAUCCAAGCUUUGUGUAAUCAAAUUAGGGCACCUACGCCAUCUGUUUCCGGUGAUCUGGUCAAGUCACAUUUGAUACCGGUAUUGGCCAAUCUUCGAAAGGAUAUCCCGAUCUCAAUACCAACUCUUUAUCAUCCUUCACUCUUCAAACAUUUGGGUCUUUCGUCAUCCUUUGAUAGCGGAAACUUAAACAAAAGUGACAACUACUUUAGCUCUUUUUUUUUUCACACCUUUCGUUCGCUUCCAAGAGACUGGGAAGCCUGGAAUCUAUUUCUUGCUAUUCCAGAAGACCAGCUGUUGAAGGAGGAUGUUGGCUCUAUUUCUGAACUAACGUCCUCUUCAGAGGAAGAGCCUCUAGCUCAAAGGUUUCUUGCUAAACCUCUUCCGAUAUCUAUGAUUUUUUCGAGAAUGGGAUUCCAAUCUCAGGAUGCGGAAGGUAUUCAUCAAAUUCUCCGCACCCCUUACGUUCCUCAGAAAACCGCGGAACCUUUUCCGGCUGAUCUUAGGAGAAGAAGCAAAUGGACAGAGCAGGAAAGGAGGGCAGCUAUUAAUUGUGUCAAACCAGAUUCUCUGGACAAGUACGCCCAGGAGAUGAAUCAACGCUUCGAUUCCCUGGGGCAGCUCUCAGAUCAGAGGUACCUCAAACUUGACAGGAACUUGGUCGAUGGGAAAGUCCUUCAAGUUUAUGAUGACAAUCAAAGUCUCCUGUACACCUUAGACACCACCAUGCCUGCUAAUCUGAGGGAAGGCUUGGAGACUGCUGUACAGGCCUGUUUAUCAGAUACUACGGCACAGUUCAGGUAUCAAGAACCUUCUGCUUCAGUUAAAACUAGAGCGUUUUCCUCUCUUCAUUUCACCAACCAAACUCGCUAUUUAACUCACGGUUACGACGCUCCUGAGGACAUUCAUCCCCUAUAUCUCCGAAACUCUGACGGGGGAAAGACAAAUCAUAGCCAAUUUCUAAGCCAUCCUUCAGAAGAUAUUCAGAAACUAUCUCAGGAAUACGCUACUUUGAAGGAAGCUCUUGAGGCGGUCCUACAGUGGAUAGUGGAAAAAGUUUUGCGUAUUCAUCCAGAUAUGUUUCAAGAAAUUCUCGCUACAGCAGAUCUUCUUCCUUUAAAUGACACGUCUCCUGCCUCGCCUUUUACCAGUAUAGUGGUGAACAUCAAUGUAGGCACUUUGGCCCACAGGGACAAGAAUGAUGGAUACGCCUGUAUCUGUGUUACUAUUGGUAAUCCUAAAGGGGGGGAACUAGAAAUUGGCACUAGAGGAUCCAUUGUUAUUCAUGGGGAUAAAACUGGAGUAGAUUAUCAGAAGGAUGGAUUUGAGAAUCCCUCAAAGAAGGGUAAAGCCGGAACCCCCAACUCUCCUCCCCUUAUGGAACUAGACGAAGGGUUCGAGGAAGAUAUUGAAGAAGAAGAGAUGGAAGAGUCAGGGGAGAUUGAGGAGGCGGAGGAGAUGGAGGAGCCUCUGGAAAUUAACAAAUCCCAGGAGACAGAAAUACGCUAUUACGAUGAAGGUGAUUUCUUUUAA